UGAGUCCAUGUGGGUGGGAUGCAUUCAUUCAUGUGACCGACCGUGAGUGGGCCAGAGAGAGCCGCCACAGGCUCAUCCUUGCCUGCCUGCCUGCCUGCCUGCCUCCUCCUUCGCGUCAAGACAUUGCCUUCCAUGAGGCCUAAAGAAUAAAGGAAGACAUUACAGCAGUGUACAUUCUCACACGCAAGUAAACCAGUGCAGGAAAGGUCGCUCUCAAACUCUCCGCGUCCUAUUGCUCACAUGCACACGCACCGGCUCACGCAGCCCGCACACCCACCCCCUCACUAGCGGCACACGCCCACCCGUCUCAUACACCCACUCUCUGCACUCAGCCGGCUUCGCCGGCUCCCUGUACACGUUGUCUUCGUCAAGGCACACCGUCCUGUUGUUCCACCUCUGCCGCACGCAGUUGAAAAAGCCAUACAGAGCACCGCACCGGACGGCUCGCGCGGUGACGACACUCUCUGCGCCGUCAUCUAGGUGUUCGUGUGAGACGUUGACGGCCCGGCAGGACUCGCAGAUGGGGGGGCAGGGGAAGCAGCUCAGCGGGUGAAGGUGCAGCAUCAAGCCGACCACAUCAAGGGUGUACGCGGCAGCCAAUCCGCCCUGACGCAUCGCGUGGCGCGACAGCUGCAGCACACAAAGCAUCAAGAGAAUCAACACGACCCAGUUGUCUUUCUUCUGUCGCUGUGGCCGACGCACCUUUCCGAGCCAAUGGGAGUGGUUGGCGUGUCUCGGUCCUUGGUGCACCCAUUCCGGCGGGGUGAAUGGGUGGUGCCGCACAGCGAAGAACCUCCUCUUGCACUGGAAACACACAGCCGCCCCGUCCAUCCCAACAUCCUCACACCGGUGGCAACCUGACCAACCACACACACACACGUGUAUACCAUUGACCAGCACAUUACCGCUCCCUCCCUCCCUCCCUCACCAGUCGGACAUCGGUCCCACUGCUCUGCGGUGAAGUUGAAGAACUGCCCAGCCCGAGGGCCGGGACACGGCGGCACGUGGCGCAUCCUCCUCGACCGGCGAAGGGAAGGCCCCGGGGAAGGAUGAGCAGACACGUCAGAGUCAGAGGCAUGAUCUUCUCUCUCGGUCUCGUUCGAACACAGCGGGGCCUCCGCUGUUUCAAUCGCCUCCUCAGUCAGACCCAUUGCGGCAGGCGCCUCGUCGGGAAACAGUGAUCCAUCCCUGAGCUCCUCAGCAUCAGUCCACUCGUCCCCCGAUUCAACGCCAGCUGCAUUGUCGUCGUCAUCGGCAGCUGCAUUCUCAGGCAUCCCAACGUGGUCGUCGCCGUCAUGCUCAUGGUCAUGGGCAUCUUCAUUUCCGACAGGGAUUCGCGCUGCUGACGACAUCAAAGCGAAGAAGAUGAGGCCGAUGAACCAAAGGCGCCGCAGAUCCAUCAGCAACCACGACCCUAAAGCAACCACUAGACAGACGGCCAUAAUCGAGAUGUCUGGGGAUUCAUCGGGUGCAG